ACACCCAUAACAGCGCAUAAAGGGAAACGUCAGCGAGAACUACGUAGUGCCAGGCAGGCGAAACCGAGACCCGGUUAUAGGCUACCGGACUGAAUCUCUCAUUACUCCUCUCCCAGACAGAGCAGGACCGAGUCAGUCUGGUGAUGUCAGUAAGAGCCAAUAAAACGGAUCAAGGAUUCUAUUUCUGAAGCAAAGAACCCGUAAGGAGAGUGUGCCGAAAACCCGUAUGACAUCACUACGUCCAUCCUUUUCUCCACAUUUCGGGACUGUAAAAAGUGCUUAAUCCAGGAGAAGGACCACAUAAAGAUAACUUAUAUUUUCAGAAAAAGUACGACGUUUCGGUGAUAUCUUGGAUAAAGUUAUCGACGAUUUAGGUAUGGAAGUCGCAGCCGAUCAAUCUCGGUGGAUGGCGCAUCAUCACGCCGUGUUGAAUGGGCAGCAUCCAGACUCGCAUCACCACAGCUUGGCCCACAACUACAUGGAGCCCAUGGCGCCGCUUUUGCCCCCAGACGAAGUGGAUGUGUUUUUAAACCACUUGGACUCUCAGGGGAACCCCUACUAUGCCAACUCCCGGGCCAGGGUUACAUACAGCCAGGCACAUGCUCGCCUUGGGAGUCCGGUUUGCCGGCCACACCUCAUCCACAGCCCCGGCAUUCCGUGGCUUGACAGCGGGAAGGCGGCCCUCUCUGCUGCCCACCACCAUAACGCAUGGGCGGUCAGUCACUUCAGCAAGCCAGGAAUGCAUCCUGCUAGCUCCGGCUACCCUUGCAGUAGCAGCUCCAGCACUGCUCCGGUGUCUUCCCUCACCCCUGCGUCCCACUGCAGCCCGCACCAUCUCUACAGUUUCCCUCCUACGCCUCCCAAAGACGUGUCCCCGGACCUCGGCCCUACUUCUCCAACCUCCACCUCGACAAGAAUGGACGAGAAGGAGUCCAUCAAAUACCAAGUGUCACUGGCAGAGGGAAUGAAAAUGGAGGGUUGCAGUCCUCUCCGCAACAGCCUGGCUUCGAUGAGUGCCCAAACUCCCGCAACACACCACCCCAUCCCGACCUACCCAUACUCUCUCCCAACACCACACGAAUACGGCGGCAGUCUCUUCCACCCCGGUAGCCUGCUGGGUGGAUCUUCAUCCAGCUUUACGCCGAAGUGUAGAAGCAAAGCCCGGUCGUGCUCAGAGGGGCGCGAGUGUGUCAACUGCGGUGCCACCUCCACCCCGCUGUGGCGGCGGGACGGGACGGGCCACUACCUGUGCAACGCCUGCGGCCUGUACCACAAGAUGAACGGUCAGAACAGACCUCUCAUCAAGCCCAAACGCAGACUGUCCGCUUCGAGACGAGCUGGCACCUGCUGCGCUAACUGUCAGACCACCACCACCACCCUUUGGAGGCGUAACGGCAAUGGCGACCCGGUGUGCAACGCCUGCGGGCUCUACUAUAAACUGCACAACGUCAACAGGCCAAUGACCAUGAAGAAGGAGGGCAUCCAGACACGCAACCGCAAGAUGUCCAGCAAGUCCAAGAGGGGCAGGCGUUCCGGAGAUGGCUACGAUGAGCUGUCCAAAUGCAUGCAUGACAAGUCCUCCCCCUUCGGCGGUGGCCCUGGCCUGGCUGGACACAUGACCCACAUGGGCCACCUUCCCCCCUUCAGCCACUCCGGACACAUGUUGCCCACUCCCACUCCCAUCCACCCUUCGUUCGGCCAUCCUCACCAUCACUCCGGACGGUCGCCGGCCUGGGCUGAGCACUGAAACCUCCCGAAGCCCCUCCAUCACCCCUCCACCAUAUCAUCACCACCAAUGCUUCUGUCUCUAGAGGGGUAAAUUGGGCUCACUGUCAGUAGGACAUUGUUUUGCCUGGCCUCAUUUAGAGAAUUGAUGGAGAGGAGACGUGACUGAAGGGAGAGAGAACGUGAGUGUGCGAAGGUGAAGCGGAACAUGGGCGUGUUGAGUUGCUCCCUUCAAGUUGCCUUUUUUUUUACUGAGUCACUUUGGUACCCCUCCCACCCUAUGAGAGAAAAUAUGUGAGGUAUUAGGAUAACCACUGCUUUCCCCUCCUGAACCUCUGUAGUGUAAGGAGACCCCCCCCCCCUCCCCUCCCCCUUCCUGUUGUGGACAGACUGUUCACACCGUGGGUAUGAGAGACUUUCUGAACCAGCCUCCCCACACAUGCAUACACACACACACACCACUGACCCCUCACCCCUUACAUGCUGGAAUACACACCCACCCGCCUGGUCCCCCUGGACUUUAUUGGAAAAAGAAGCAAGCAAACAGAAAGUUUAUAUAAAGUUAAUAAUUGUUAUUAUUGUUGUUAUAAUUGAUGUUAUACUAGUUGUUAUGAUAAUUUAUUUUCACUCUUUUUGCUUUCUUCAGAACACAAGGAUAUUGUUACGAUUAUAAUUUCAUUGUUAUUAUGUAAAGAAAAGAACACAGACUUAGUCUUAGACGAGACAUUGUUCCUAAGCUGUACGUUUUUAUCAUUUUGUCCAUCUCACAAAAUAAAGGAAAUCAAGUUUUAAUACUAAAUAAUGUCACUGAGUCCUUUAAAUGUGAAAUGUAUCGUGUCUCUGUCUCUCUCUCGCCGUCUGUGUCUAUUGGAGUGUCAGUGUGAAUUCCAGUGUUGGUGAAGAGGUUUUGAUUCCUGCUCUAUUUCUAAGUGAUAUCAGAUGUAACGAAGCCAACUCUAUGAUCCCCAAAGUGCAGUAAUGGUUUUGUUGAGCUCCUCCCCUGAGUGAUGUGCUGCUGUUUAUAGAAGGCUUCUUUGUGGAGCUCACGCCCCAGGGUGCACCAGUGUGACCCAGACAGCAGGCUCCAAACCCAGGGUGAGCACAGGGCUCCCACGUCACACACUAACGCGUACACAUGUCCUACAGAAAUACACAUUUUCGGUUCAUAUUACAGUUUUUUUCUAUCGCUUUGGUGCAAUUUUCACAAGUACAGUAUGGGGUACAUUUUCACAACACUUAGUACAAAACAAGGCAGUUGUUUAAAAACUCGUAAGCACAUUUUCAAUUGACUAAGUACAACACACAAAAUCACAGUCCCCUUUUCACCAAACUUAAUCAGUGUUACAUCUCGAAAUACAUGUUUCACAUUGGAAUACAUGUUCAUAUAAAGUAAGUUGCUCUUCACAAUGCAAUGCUCCCAUUACCUUUGAUAUGAUUGUCUUCUCAUUUGUUAAAACACAUUUGACUAUUACUUAAUCCGACUGCUCUUAAUUAAUAAUCACUUAACCAUUUGGUAAACCGACAGCUUUUAAACUGGUUUGCCUGUUUCACACUGCUUCACAAAAAUUGUAUUGGCAAAAAGAGUACUGUAAUACUUUGAGAUAUACAAUUUACGUAGAAGACGCUUUUAUCCAACACGAAAACAGUCCACAACUCUGGUGUUGCUAGGGCCAUGCUCUUAUGAACUGAGCCACGUACAGGACCACUACCAACCACAAGUACAAACAAUACUCUAAAAUACAAUACACAGGUUCAAUAUAGAUGGAAGAUGUAUGAUUGCCAACCGCAUGAGCGUACCACCCUCCUUCAUCCCAUAGUCGAGGCAUGCAAGGAUUUCAAUCCAGACCUAUGUCAGGCUUUCUCCCCAGGUGCAUGAACAAUGAGGACAUUUACGCCCAUUUCCAUGAGAACUUCUAGCCAAAUGCUCAAGACAAGCUCGAUGCAAACAUGACGUUUCUUUCAUUUAUUUUGUUUGAAUACAUUGUGAAAGAUGUCUUCAGUGGAAAUGUGAUGUUCAGUCAAUUUUAGUGGGUAGUAUUGCCUAAUGUGAACAGUGUAAUGUACAGAACUGUACAGUGCUGUAGCAAAUUGCAUUCAAAGGACAAUUUUUAAACAUUUUCUAUUUCUAUAUUUUCUAUUGAAUUAACUGGUUGUUGUGUGUUUUGGUGAUUAAAUCGAUGUUCUUAUGUUAUUUUACAGUAAACUUAUUGUUUGGAUCAAUGGCUGUGCGGUAAAAGAUGUCUCAUAACAAAAGUAAUGCACAAUAAAUGGUUUUGAAUAUAA